AUGAGUGAACCAACACCAACAAAGGAAACGGGCACUACUUUUGUAGCCGGGUCACCUCAUGCGCCAUCUGUUACUACUUCGAAUCCCCCAUCUCCAUCAAUGCACCGAUCUUCUAGAGCUUCUACUACUCCAGUAGUAGCUGCUGCACCAGCACCAGCUGCAACUAUAUCUACUUCUCCUCCUAGCGACACCAACAAUAACAAUAAUAAUGUAUCAUCAUCAUCAAGUACUACUGCAGCGGCAGUUACUACAUCCUCCUCUACGACAACAACAUCAUCACCAAAUUCACAAAGUACAUCAUCAUUGGCAGCAUCUUUAUCAUCGACGACGACGACUACUACUACAACAUUAGCAACACCAGUUGGAUCGGGUAACUUGGUCAAUAACCUUCUUAGCGUAUCGAAUGCAUCUACAUCGUUGGUAUCAAGUACUGGAUCAAUUGCCACUCUUACCUCAUCCACCUCUGCAGCCGCCGCAGCAGCAGCAGCUCUCGCAGCCAACAACUACCACACCGAAGAGUUUCAAUUUGCACUAGAGAAUAAAAAGACUUUGAAACGUCUACUAAAAAUCUCUAAACAUUGGACUGAUUCAAUGAAAGUAUACUGUCAAAAUUCACAUUUAUUCUCUGAAGAAUUAAUUAAACAAUCCGAUCAAAUGAUUGGCUUUAAUCAACAAAAAGAAAAGAAUCUUGGAAAUAAUCUAGCUUAUUUUGGUAAUACUAUUAAAGCUGUUAAUAGUGUUCAUGAUCAAAUGUUGAAUGAAAUUCAAGAUGUAUUUAUUACACCAGUUGCCAAUUUUGUUGAUUAUGACUUUGCUGAAGUGGUAGACUCACACAAACGAGUAUCAAAGAGCAAGGAGGAUUAUGAUAUUGCGUUGGGUAAAAUAUCGGCAUCGAUUAAAAAGAGUAAGGCGGUUGAUGAAACUAGACUAUUUACAUACGAACAAGAGUUGGAAAAGUUAAAGGAUGGAUUAGAGGGCCAAAACAAAGAGCUAGAGGUCAAACUCAACGAACUGUCACACAAGAACGAAACCAAGUAUUUGAAAUCAAUGUUGCAUUUUGUCAAUGCUCAAUACCUCUUUUUCAACCGUGCCUCCAAACUCUAUGCCAACCUCAAGCCACGUAUCGAAGAACUUGAACGUUAUCUCGAAGAGAUUCAACCACCAAAGGUCGUCGAAGGUCAUCUCAUGAAAAAAUCAAAACAAGUAAUGGGUGGUUGGAAUAAAUGUUGGUAUGUCUUAAAAGAUGGAAUGUUAUAUUGUUAUAAAGGUAAAAAGGAAUUCCAUCCAGAGAAUGCAUUAAAUAUUUUAUUAUGUUCGGUAAGAUUACCACAAUUAAUUAUGGUAUCACCAUCUACAUCGAAUUUGGCUACUUCUUCACUUGGCAAAUCUGAAAAGGAAAGAGAAAAGGAAAAGGAAAAAGAAAAGGAAAAGGAAAAAGAAAAGGAAAAGGAUGAGAAAGAUUUGUCGGUUGACGAGCUCGGCAAGAUGCUCGGCGAGCUCGCUGCCUCUCAGUGUCGCGACGUCGUCCGCUACAUCCGUCUCAUGGGCCAAGGCGCCGACGUCAACGCCACCGACGCAGACGGCCGCAACACUCUCCACCACUCGAUCUGGCGCUCCGACGACAUUGUCGUGCCCGAGCUCCUCCUCCAAAAUAGUGCCGACAUUACUGCUACCGACUCGCGAGGAUGGACACCCAUGCACUAUGCCGCCUUUUUCAACCGUCCCCGUUGCGCUCAUCUCCUCAUGCGUCGUGGAUUCGACUCGGUCCGUGCCAAGCACCGCGACCAUCUCGGCCGUCUCGCCAUCGACUUGGCCGUCCUCAACCACUCCAAGGAAACGGAAAAGAUCCUCCGCGGCGAAGAGCUCCCUCUUGGGCUCACCAUGGACGCCAUCGAAAACAACACCGUCGUAGCCUUUGAGGCUAGUACUCCCGUCUCGACCGACUUUCCAAAAGAAGAAAUCCUCUCUGAAGACGACGACGACAAAGACGAACCAUUAAACCCAAAGGACGAUCUAGACAGCUGGACCUCAGAGAAUGAAAGUGUCGGUCGUGCAAGUUUCUCAAAUGAACAAGUCACCGGCGGUGAUGGACAACAACCAACCGUCCUCGUCCCACCAACAACCAUAGUCAACAACAAUGUAAUUAAUAACACAAAAAUAGAUUUAAAUAGUUCUUUUAAUAGUAGCCAUAGUGGUAGUUUUGGUGAUAUCAAUACGUUGGCAGCAAACACUAAUAGGGGAAUAACAGAAUCAUCAUCAUCAUCUAUCGAUGUCCCUGUUAUCAAUGUACAACAACCAAAUAAUAAUAACAAUGCUACUACUACUACAGCUACAGCACAAUCAACUACACCACCUCCACCAAACGGUCCACCUCUAUCAGUUUCACAAUCCAAACUAAAUCGACCAAAAUCUAAUCGUAGACCAUCGAUCCUUGGAAAGGCCGGUAGAAACACACUCAGAUUGGUCAAGAACAAGUUUGGUGGCAAGCAAGCCAACGAAGACAUCAAAGAGGGUGCAGUAGCCGCCGCUGGUGGACAGCCAACCGAGGCCAACGAACAAAGCGACGAUGAAUCUGGUGAUGAAGAUGUUACUGAAGCUAAUCCAGGUGGUGAUAAUGUUGGUGAAGAGCAUACUUCUAAUAAUCCAAAGUUACUCUCACAUAGAGAGUCGUUGGAUAGUGUGAUUAGUACUGCUAGUACCAAGAGUCGUACCAUGCCUGCAGGAGGGUCAUCCUACUCGUUGCCACCUUCACAUACAUCGAGUUACAAUGAUCUCACUCAGUCCACUCAAGAGGCAGAGGGAUCACCAAGCAAACAACCACACCAACCAACUCCAUUUAAAAUAUUCCUCAAACGAUUCAAGGGUAUUAGUGGCGGAAGCAGCAAAAAGAACAAGGACAAGUCUGCCACCACUCCACCACAACAACACGGUGGAUCAGGUGAAAAGACUGACAUGUCUACCGAAUCAUCUCAAACUGAUGAUGGAUAUGACUCUGCCGAUGAAUCAUUAAGAAGUGAACGUGGUGGUGAACCCGAAAAAGAAAAGGAAAAGGAUUCAACCGAUACAACUGCAACUGCAUCGACUCCAUCGAAAAAUCAAAGUCAAAGUCAAAAAAGCAUAGUCACAAGAAUAGUGAUAUAA